AAUUAUAUUUAUGAAAUCGUAACGCUGCCUGUUGUCAUGCGUGCUGGCCGGUGCAGCGCAGGGCAGAGUCCCUGUUGAAACAUCCACUUUCCGGGUUAACGCACAUCUGCACGGUCCCACUGACGUUUGCAGGGACUAAAACUGCACUCGCUCUUGAAGACUCGCGGAACUGAAGUCGCCGAGCAGACGGAGCACCCGGACACUUCAUACCGACGCGCUCACUUACAGGACCCCCCUGGUUGACAACAACAACGGAGAGUUGAUGUUGGCUUCCCUGUCAUCCAUGAUGUCGCAUGGUUUCAAGAGCAGUAAACAGGACUUCACGUUCGGGCCAUGGAAAGUGACGACUGCCAAAACGCACAUCAUGAAAUCCAAGGACAUAGAGCGGUUAGCAGAGGAGAUGAACAUGCCUUCCCUCCCAGAGAUGCUGUUUGGUGACAACGUCUUGCGCAUCCAACACAUAGAUGGCUACGGCAUUGAAUUCAACGCCAUCGAUGCCCUGAAGAGAGUCAGCAACAUGGAGGACACGGUGAAGGUGGCCUGUGCACAGGAGUGGCAGGAGAGCAGGGCGGACUCGGAGCUCUCCAAAGAGGUGGUGAAACCCUACGACUGGACCUACACCACAGACUACAGAGGCACUUUGCUAGGCGGGGACACACAGAUAAAGGUGGCGGAGACGUCGGAGCGCAUCGACAUGGAGAAGCUGAAGGCGCGGGAGCGGAUCAUGUUCUUUGAGGAGGUGCUGCUGUUCGAGGACGAGCUGCACGACCACGGCGUGUCCAUGAUCAGCGUCAAAAUUAGGGUGAUGCCCACCAGUUUUUUCUUGUUGCUACGUUUCUUCCUUCGAGUGGACGGAGUGCUGAUCAGGAUAAACGACACGCGACUCUAUCACGAGGCCGGAAAGAACUACAUGCUCCGAGAGUUCAGCACGAGGGAAAGCAAGAUUGAAGAGCUGAAGUUCCAGAAGUCAGAGGCUGACCUGGAUUAUAUCGAGAAAAGGCUGAAGCUGGACUUUGCCAACAACGCCGCAGAGAACGGAUCUGCUCCCGAGGAAAAUCCGGUGGUGCUGCUGGAGAACCUGAUGGCCAUCAAGGCUCGGUACACAGCCCUGUGCUCCGAGGUCAAGGAGAUAGCAGCGGCACAGAAGGAGUCGGUGGACUCCAUCAGACAAAACCUGAAUAGCGUGAUGCAGCUGAUCCAGCAGGUCCAGCAGACCGCUGACGUGGAGGUCCCACCGCUGAGCGAGCUGGAGCAGCAGGCAGCAGAGCUCCUCGGUGCAGCUGGCAGUCCCAGUACAGCAGAGGUGGCUCCUCCCACAGCAGCUUCCAGCCAGCAGCCACCACCAUGUGAGUCUGAACCGCCUGACACACUCCAUCAUGGCAGUAAUCAGUUUUCAACACAUCAGUCAGCCUGCGCAACUGGUGAUUUUGAGGACCUGAGUGAAGCCAUGCUGGAAGCAGUUCCUGUCAGUAUUCGUGGAGACGUCACGCUGGCAGAUCUCAACACCUUCUACAGGCAGCUGCAGCAGCAUUUCAGCACCACAAAAAGCGGCUCGCUCAGCGUGCAGAAGAUGAAGCAGCUGAACAUGAGCGUCAGUGAGGCCAAGCUGAAGACCCUGCAGCACCUAGCUCUGCUCACGCUGGACAGGAAGGGCUGCGUCCACCUGCCGACGCCGGGACCCUGCUAACGUUUUCUCCUCUGCUGUCACUGCGAGAAGACAAAAUCAUCUGUGUCCAGGCCACCAAGCCAACCCUCUACUCCUGUUCAUGAAAGCUGACUGGCAAACUGAUGGCGCCUCUCCUGUGACAAAAACAUCCAGGGCACGAGUCAGUGAAAGGCUCGGUGCCGGGCCGGGACAGCGAGUGUUUGGCAACACUGUGCCAAAAUGAGCCUGGUGGGACUGAGAGAUCUGACCAGCGAGGGGCAAACUGCUGGGACUGACCCCUCAGUUAUCUUCUGUGUUUUAAAGAGAAUGCACUGCUGAGGUGCACUGUUAUUUUUAUGAGUGAUGGAAAGAAAGAGAAUGUACAUAAAGUAAUGCUGCAAGCCCUUU